AUAUAUAUUUUCUAUCUUUUUAUACAUCCCAAAUAAACCAACCCUGUUCAACAGUUCUUGUUUCUUUAAAGAUGGCCACAGAAGAAGAAAUUUCAACUCUGAAACUGAUGCGCCAAUAUCUCUUGGGAGAUAUUUCAGACCCGUUUCUCACCAACCUCAUCCCUGUAAAAGUUGAAGACUCCUCACCAGAACUUGAUUUGGAUUCAAACUCUUCAGAACAAAGCAACUUCUGCAGGUUUCUAGAAUACUUUGAUUUUGAAGCAGACAAAAAACCGACAGAUCUCACUUCUCAUCAUAAUAUCCAAAACUCCAUUGCUACAAGUCCACUCAAGAAUUCUGAUUUGGCAGAUCCAAUUGUGCCAGUGAAAAAGGAAGUAACGUGUUGUUAUGAGGCCAGACGUUACAGAGGAGUGAGGAGAAGACCAUGGGGGAAGUUUGCUGCAGAAAUCCGUGACCCCAAAAGGAAAGGAAGCAGGGUGUGGCUAGGUACGUAUGACUGUGAAAUUGAUGCUGCUAAGGCUUAUGAUUGUGCUGCCUUCAGAAUGAGAGGUCAAAAGGCUGUAUUGAAUUUCCCCUUGGAGGCUGGAAGGUCUCAUCCAGAACCCAACACUUCUGGCAGGAAGAGAAGAAGAGACUGCACUGCAACUGUCACAACUUCAACUCAUGUAUGUCAUGAAAAAUAACUCAGUGUAGCACUCAGUACCAUGUUUUUUUUGUCAGUUAAAUAAGUUAAUGCAAAGGUUUCUAUCUAAAA